AGCAGUCUUUCACGACUUGAACCCCUUUGUCACUCAUAAAUCAUAAGCCUCUCGCUGACUGCAAGCUUUGGGCUGUUCUGUUCUCUGGUUCACAGACUCAGUCCUCCUUUAUCUUCCAUUUCCUCGUUUCUAAAUAAAUCGUCAGUUUCUGGGGGUUCUUUUUUUGGCGGGUAAAGAUGUCGGGAAAAGGCGCCAAGGGUUUGAUUACGGGCAAGAGCUCUGCUAGUAACAAAGAUAAGGACAAGAAGAAACCCAUCUCUCGCUCUUCUCGAGCUGGCCUUCAGUUUCCAGUUGGUCGUAUCCAUAGAUUGCUGAAGGCCAGGACAACGGCUCAUGGAAGGGUAGGAGCAACAGCUGCUGUUUAUUCUGCUGCUAUUUUGGAGUAUUUGACUGCGGAGGUGUUGGAGUUGGCUGGAAAUGCUAGCAAGGAUCUCAAGGUGAAACGUAUCACUCCCAGGCAUUUGCAACUUGCAAUUCGAGGUGAUGAAGAACUUGAUACUCUGAUCAAGGGUACCAUUGCUGGUGGCGGAGUCAUCCCUCACAUUCACAAGUCACUUAUCAACAAAUCCUCCAAAGAGUAGCUUUGCUAAAAGGAUUUUAUGUGCAUCUAUUGCCAAGGGGAGGUAAAAAAAAAUUCCAUGCUUAGUUGAGCCUAUGUUUUAUGACAAUGGAUUUGUUCCAAAACCUGCUGUGUAGUCAGGAAUUUAAGUGUUUAAAUUGUUAGCUUUAUACUUGUUUUCCUUCACAUUAGUUGUUGGACUCGGGCAAAUGUUUCUCAUAGGUCGUGGAUGCGUGGAUAAUGACUUAUAUGACAAUUCUAAUCUUUUUAGUUUAGUAUUAUUAACAGUUCAUAUUA